UUCUUCAACUUUAUGUUUGAUGAAACUAAGCUGGUGACCUGGAUAAAAGAUGGUUGGAAUAAAGUCUAUGAACCAAGUUAUGUACAGACACAUUUGUUAUCUCCUAUUUGUCGGUGGCUACCUGAACUGUGGGACUUUAUAAAGAUUCUGAAAAACAGGAUUGAUAACAAGCAAAUACCUACAGAGAAAACACCAGCAUUCACAGAGACAAAGCCCUUCAAUCUCACCAAACCAAGAGCAAGAGCAAUACCCAUUCCUGAGCAGGUUCCAAAGUUGAUGAAAUCGAAACCACCACCAAAGUCACUUUACAGGCCACCAGCUAUUAAAGAGGCUAUUGAGAAUCAGAAGGAAGAAAAUAAGAGAAAGGCUGAGGAACAUCUUCUGAAUGCAUCAAAAAUUCAGUUUUCAUGUGCAAACCCAGAGAAAUCUGAGAGAACAAAGCAAAUUAUUCAGAAUAUAAUCUGCGAAGAAAAUGCCAAAGUUGAUUCCAAUAGAAUUAAGGCCAGACCUGCACCUGAAUUUAAGAAAGACCAUUUGCCAAUAAAAAUGACAUCUGCUGCUAUCUUGCGGGAAGGCUUGUUAUAUCAGAAGCAAGAAAAUGAUAUCAUUGAGAAGUUAAGAAAGUUGGAGACUGGUGCACAUGAUGCGUCAGACUUUUACAAGUGGCAGACUGAAAAAAGACAGCAGGAUCUUGAAAUGAAACUUGCUGCAUGUGAAGAGAGGAGGCUGAUGGGUAAACUGAGUCAUGAAGAAGCCAUUCUGGCACGUGCUAAUCUGAUUGCUGAGAACCAGUCAAAGGCACAGAGUAUGAAAAAAGAAGCAGCUGAUAAGAUGAGAGACUAUUUGAAGCAGAAGAUGGAAAUGGAAAAAGAAAUGAAGAUGAUAGUUGAAAACACUUUGGCCGGACAUAAGAUGGCUAAAGAUGCCAAGAAGCACAUACAAGAAUACAAGCAGAAGAUAGCCCAGGAAGUCAAAGAAGAAAACCUGGAUUUGAUGAAGCAAGCUUUAGCUGAAGCAGAAGAGGAACUGCGUUGUAAAAUGAAAUUAAUUCAAGAGAUUCGAGCCAUGGAGGCUACACCAAUCAGAAAUACUAAAAUGGUGGACUUGACAUCUACUUCUGGAUAUGGCCUACUCAGUGAAAUGAGUAUUGCUGAGCUUCGAGAAAGAUUGGCUAUUCUCAAGGCUAAAGAAAAAGAGGAGCAAGAAGUGAAAAGAGACAAUAUUAUCACCAUUAAACAGAACAAAGCGGAGUAUAUUUCUGAGAUGAUGGAUAUGAUUACAAAAUAUAGGACUGAACAAACAAAGUCUGCAGCCUGCAAGCUUGAACAGGAAAAGAAGAAUAUCAGUACAUCUGCUCCUUUAAAAAAUGACAGUCUGAUCGAACUUGAAAGAAAAGUACAGGAAAAACGAGAAGAAAGACUGAGAGAACAACAGAAAAUACAGCAGCUUUUAUCUCACUCAACUGCAAGAAGAAAAAAAGCUGAAAUUUCACAGAAGAAACCAGUAGAAGCAAGUCACAGAAAGGUUCUGGAAGAGGCACAAGGAAGAGCAGCCAGACUAUUGUCUGAAACCUUCUCAGAUGAACAUCUCAGACAAACAAGUGCUAUUUCCAUUAGUUAA